GCUCCGGGUCCCGGCGCGCGCGCGUCCCCACGAUGCAGACGGCCAAGGUAUGGGUGCUUGCCUGCCUUCUCUUGUGUGGGCUCUCUUUCCCUGGAUUAGAGACGUUCAAGGCAAGCAAGCGCCCACUGCGUGCUCGAACCUGCGCUGACCGGCCUGAAGAGCUUCUGGAGCAGCUGUAUGGGCGACUCACGGCAGGGAUGCUCAGCGCCUUCCAUCACACCUUGCAGCUGGAGCCUCUGGAAAAAGAUCACAAUACCAGUUGUCCAGCAGGGGGCAGAUCAGCUGCGGACAAGGUAUACCGACUCCCUAUCAACCUCAACAGCGUCUCUCCUUGGUCCUACAGAAUCUCCUAUGACCCGGCAAGGUAUCCAAAGUACAUCCCCGAAGCCUAUUGCCUAUGCAAGGGCUGCCUGACUGGUGUUUACGGGGAGGAGAACUUCCACUUCCGGAGUGUCCCGGUGCUAAUGCCAGCAGUCAUCUUGCGCCGAACCACGACAUGCACCGGAGGACGCUAUGUCUACACAGAGGAUUAUGUCACUAUCCCAGUGGGCUGCACCUGUGUACCACAGGUACAUGAAAAAGAAGUAGAGGGUGUAAAUUCCAGCAUAGACAAGCAAGGGGUAAAGUUGCUCGUUGAAUCGUAACAGCAAGCCACCAUCAGAAUGAAAGCCCCAAGAGAAACCUGAUGGCAAAGUUUGCUUUGCAUGUCCUUUUAGUUUCACCAUUCCC